AUGGAAGAUCACACCUCUUUAGAAGAAUUCCCACCAGGGACCAUCUUACUUGAAGACAGGGAUACCUCCCAAUCCGAGGUCAUUCUCGGGCCCACCCCCUCAGACGACCCCGAUGACCCUCUGGUAAAUACAUCGUCCUUUCGACGCAUCCCCAAGUUAACAAAGACUCAGAACUGGACCCCGUUCAGAAAAGCGAUUAACUUUGGGUUGGCAUGCAUUUAUGUCCUCUUCACAAUGGUCUUGAUCGACAUCAACAGCGUCGCAUACCGUGAAUACAUGGCUGAGCUGGGGUUGACUUACGCAAACUUCAACAAUGCCAUCGGCGCCAACGUUGCCGGCCUUGCAGUAGGAUGCCUCAUUCUAAUCCCUUGCGUGCACAAAUUUGGUCGCCGCCCGUUGUAUCUCAUCAGCGCCAUUGUGCAAUUUGCCACCGCUAUCUGGUGGGCGAAAUUCCACACUGCUGGGGAGCUGAUUGCUAUCAACGUUAUCGCUGGCUUGGCUGGAUCUAUCGCCGAGGCGAUCGUUGUGAUUACCAUUGUUGAUAUGUUCUUCAUUCAUCAGCAUGCCCGAAUAAAUGGCGUCUUUAUCUUCAUGCAGACUCUCGGCUCGACUGGUGGGCUUAUCGCUGCUGGUUACAUUGUCGUUGAUCUGGGAUGGAGGUGGAUGUGGUGGAUCAUUGCGAUCAUGCUUGGGGUUAAUUUUCUUCUUGUGCUUUUCUUCUUUGAAGAGUCAAAAUAUGUCCCGGUUAUGGUCGGUCGUUCUACCUCAACUUCUUCGGAUAUUGUUGAGAACGGGGGAAAAGAACGUGACCAUAUGAGGAAGACACCGUGCAAUAACCUCGCAGUCGCUACUCGGAGCCACAAAUCAUAUAGACAAAGACUCACGUUCGUUACCAAAACGGAUAUCCCCAUGAUUCAGCACUUUUACCAACCGCUGGUUGUUCUCUUCACCUUCCCAGCGGUGGCUUUUACCGCUAUCAGCUACGGCGCUAUCCUUGCUUGGUUUGCAGCCUGCGUUUCAUCUGUAUCUUAUUUUUUGAUUGAUCCACCUUACAAUUUCAGUGCGGCUGCAAUUGGAUUGUUCAAUCUUGGCGGCUUCGUUGGAACACUGAUAGCCACACUUACGGCUCCUUUCCUGAAUGACUGGCUUAUUGUUUGGCUGGCACGACGGAAUGGGGGUAUCUUUGAGCCGGAAAUGCGCCCAUGGAUGAUUUUCCCUGCUGGAGUAUUGAAUUCCACUGGGUUGUUAAUGUUCGGAAUUGGGCUCGGUCGGGAUUUGGCGUGGAUCAUUCUUGCUAUCGGUACAGGCUUGUUUGGAUUCGGUUUUGUGGUCACUGCAGAUGUUGCUUUGACAUAUCUCACUGAUUGUUAUCCUGAUAUCCUCGGUGAUGCCCUCGUAGCUGUUGUCUUUGUUCGCAAUGGGUUGGCAAUGCUUAUCCUAUUUGCCUUUACUGACUGGGUCGCCGGCAUGGGUAUUCAAAAUACCUUCAUUGUCAUUGGCGUGCUUGCUCUUGCAACUCUCGCCAUGUCAGCGCUGUUGAUGUUUUAUGGGAAGCGAGCAAGGGUCAAGACAGCCUUGAAGUAUAAGGAGUUUGCUUCACGCCAACAGACCCAGCGAUAUGUGUAG